CGCCAUCCCAGUCGCCCUCCCAGCACCUCCCUGGCCCUCCCACAUCAGAAAAGUCAGGAACUCGCAUUCAGGUCCUGCAAUUGCAUGCACCGCAUCUGCAGCCUGGCAACCCAACACAACCCUUGCGCUCCUGCUGUUGGGCCCCCCUCAAUUCGGGGUAAAUGGCAAAUUCACACCAUUACGCCGCACUCUUCGCGAUGCAGCUCGCCUCCCUUCCGUCUCAUCAAUUUUUCUUCAGCACAAGUUUACAACCGGUGGAGGGAAACAACAAGCUAGUCUUCGAGGCGCCCACGACUCAGAAGCCGUUGGAUAAUAACGCGUGGGGGUCACAUUCCCCACGCGCACACGAGCUGGCCCUGCUGGCGUACAAAGCAAAAGCAUUCGGACCGCAUACGGUAGUUUAGCGCGGAGUCCUUCCCUGGAGCGAGCUGGAGCGAACUGGAACCAGCGUGCCAUCAUGUUGGAGAAUUUUUUGGGCAACCAGCGCCGCCCACAUAGCUUGACUGAAAAGAGCCAGCCUGGAAAAGCUCCAGAACUUGAACAGGCGUAGUAGGGACGGCCAAUGGGGCAAAGCACUCCGAGACUGGUUACAUCAGGCACCAACUGGAUGUCGAUACUGAUGGACAAGCAUGGAGUAUUGUAACUCACCGCCUGCUUGUUAGGCAAUAGACCAUGUUACCUGCAUAAUUUGUUCGUCGGC